AUGGCGCAACGCAACCUGCCCGUCAAGCGCCACGACGGCGACCCCCUCAGCAGGGCCGACGUGCAGCACAACCUCCUCUGCCGCCUCUUUGCAGACACCCGCCGCGUCUUCACCAACCCGCGCCCCGGCACAGAACCACGUCCCGGCUCAUCCAACAUCACCCUCUCCAACGGCGCCCACGUACCCACCCCCGUUUGGCCCUACGGCACCUCCAAAGGGUGCACGAGGAGGAGCGACGAGACCCCCGAGGAGUUCGAAGCCUGGAGGGCCACAAAGGCGCGCUACGACAAGUGGAAGCGACGAAUGGCCAGACGCGAGAGCGCAGCCCGCGCCGCAGAGCAGAGAAAGGCCCGCGACGCCAUGGCGGCCGCCUCGUCGGCAGCAGCAGACGACGCCUCGCGCCCAGGGUCGAGGGACAAGGACAAGACGCCAAACGAGGAAGAGGACGAGCUGGCGGCCACCGCAUCCGACAACGGCAUCGACGACGACGGCGAUCAGGCAGACCAGGCCGACGCUGCUGCCAGCGGCGACGAGGCCGAAGACGCCGACGACGACGAGCCGCUCGACGACGACGCCUUUGCCAAGCCCGGCUGCGACAAGCUCACCUUCAAGGAGCUCUACCUCGAGGCGCUCCUCAACAGCGGCAAGUGCACAAAGAGCAUGCGCGACAAGAUCAUCCUCGACGAAGAGUACGCCGAGGACUUUGCCAAGGUCUGCCUGCUGGUCAACGUGGGGCGCAUCAACACCACCCUCGCCUUCUAUCCCGAGAUGAAGACGGUGCUCCGCUCCUACCACCCCAUCCCCUCGAUGCAGAACAAUGAAAAUACCCGCCGCAACAUGCAGGACGCACCCCGGAUGAAGUCGCUCCUCAAGGCCGUGCUCCUCGACCACGAGCGCGCCAGCGCGCCCACCGCCGGACCCACGGCGGGCCAGCCGCCGCCGCCGCCCAAGCCGCCCAAGGUCAACCUGCUGAGCGACGAGGCGCCCGGCGACUUUCGCGAGACCAUCAAGCGCUACCGCGACGGCACCCGCCCGCCUACGAGCGUCGUCACCCUCAUCUUUCUCUUUUCCCUCCACGCCAACGACGUCACCGCCACCCACUUCCCGCAGCCGCACGACUCGCACGCCCUCUUCUACCCGCACCCCAGCCACCCGCUCACCGCCAAGCAGAGGGCCGAGGCGUUCCUCUGGCUCCUCUACCACUACCUCGAGGGCCCCGCCAGCGAGCCGCCUGCCGAGCUCGAGAACCCGUUUGACGACGACACGAGCAAGGCGGCCGCCAAGCUGGCCCGCGAGGCCUGGGAUGCCCUCAGCGAGCAGGACAAGCAGAAGCACGCCGGCCUGCCGUGGAAGGGCCUGCCCAACCCGCAGUGGGCCAAGUGGAAGGCGCAAGAGGACAAGCGCAGAGAGUCUGGCGGCGCCGGCGCGGUCGCUGCUGCCCAGUCAAAGGAUGGCGCUGCGCACGGCAGGGCCGAGGCCACCGGCGACGGCGACGGCGAUGUGUCGAUGAAGGACGAUGACGCCGGCGACGACGCAAAGGCGACUUCGGCCGACGGCGAGAUCCUGGUCGAGCCGCCGUCGCACACCCACCGGCUGCUGGUGCCGGCGCUCGAUGUGGUGCCAUUCGAGCAGGCCGUCGCCGAAAACCUCGACGCCGAGGAGGAGGUCCGGUGGGGAAAGCAGAUGCAGUCGGAGCGCGCCGCCUUCUUGGCCAGGUUCCAGGAAGAGGAGGCGGUCAAGAACGCCGGCGGUCAGGCGGCUGGUAGCCCCGCACCGUCGACGGGGACCGCGGGAGGCAAGGGGAGAGGGCGAGGGGCGCUCGCCAACCUCAAGCGAGAGGAGCACGACCGCGGCGCCACUCCCUCCGACGCCGACGGCAGCUUCGCCUCGACCGGCCGCGGUCGCCGCCGUGUCCACCCGCUGGCAUCGGCGACGUCGGCUCCGGAUCCGAAGCGCUCCCGUAUCGCGCAGGGCUACGACGACUCGCCAGAGACGACGCCGUUCCACCACUUCCCCGGAUCAGACGGCGCGGCACUCGACGACGGUGUUUCUGCCGCCGGCUUGGCAGGCGGAGGCGGAGGCGGAGGGGACGACUACUACGAUGCGGCCGCCGUCAAUGCGACGCGGACGCGUCCGUCGCUGUGGGACCUGGACCUGUCGCUGUCGCGGGCGCAGAUGCACGAGUCGCUGCCGCAGCUGGCGUGGACGCGGAUCCUGGACCGGGCGCAGCGCGGCGUCGGCGAUGCGUGCUACGAGAGCGACGACGACGAGUUUGCCGAGGAAGAGGCGCAGGCGGGCGAGCGUAGCCGCGGCGAGGUGCUGCGUAUCCUCAAGAGCCUGCGCGCCGUCGUGCCCGAGGACGUGUUCAGGGAGCACAACGAGGCCAUCGCCCAGGCGUGGGAGGGAGAGGGUAGGAGGAUGGCGGCCUGA